AUGGCGGGUGCUGGGAAGCCAACAACAGACGUGGAGGCUCAACUCGUCUCUCGCACCGACGGAGAAAAUGUCCCCUUGAAGGAGGAGGCUAGCACGAGGCGAAAUACUGUUUCUAAGAGGCAACAGCCGUCCAGCUUGGCUUGUUCUCAAAGCAGCACGAUGAUCCGUGGCCGAGGCAUAUCCGAAAACGUCCAAGAGGCGCAUCCUGACUAUGCUGCUCAUGCCAGGAAAGUGAACCGACGGCUCUUUGGUCUACUGAGGAAAGACGUACGGCGUCGGGUAGAAGAGGAGAACGCAGCCCAUCAUCAGGGCGACCUUGUGCGACACGGCGUCUCAGUCAGAGAUUUUGCUCCGUCUGCUGGUGACGCAGCCGAGGAUCAGGGAGAUGAUGAAUCCAGGAUGCCAGGCAGCGAAGGGCUAGCAGAAGGUGUGGAACAGAGGGACGGCAUUGAUGAGGAAGCUGUCGAAGCCCCUGAGAAGCCGUAG